AUGUCGCAGUCGCAACCACCUCAAGCACAAUCAUCGAUGUCGGGCGGCGGAGAGCAGCCAUUCAAGGAAACGAUCUUGCAGAUACUCAGCAAUCAGCAGGCGCUGAUGACACAGUUAUCGCAGCAGGUAUCGGCAAUCCAAGGGAACGUCCAGAAUGCAAAUCGCAAUGAACUGAUUUUGGACUCCCUAGCGACGAAUAUCACUGAAUUCGCCUAUGACCUUGAGAAAGGUUGUUCAUUCGAUGCCUGGUUUUCGCGUUAUGCUGACCUUUUUGAGAAGGACGCCGCUCAGCUUGCGGACGAUGCGAAGGUGCGGUUGUUAUUGAGAAAACUGAAUCCCUCAGCGCACGAACGGUACACGUCAUUCAUCCUCCCCAAACUGUCGAAGGAGUUUACGUUCGAGGAAACCGUCGCCAAAUUGAAGAUUAUCUUUGGCACACCUGUCUCUACGUUCCAUCGACGUUAUCAGUGCCUUCAGACGAUGAAGGACGAAGAUGAGGAUUUUAUCAGUUACUCGUGUAAAGUAAACAAGGCGUGUGUUGACUUCAAGCUCCAAGAACUGAAGGAAGAUCAGUUCAAAUGCCUUAUCUUCGUAUGUGGGCUGAAAUCAUCCAAGGAUUCGGACAUCCGAAUGCGCCUUCUAUCCAGAAUGAACGAGACCAGCGAUAUGACCCUCGAGAAGAUCGUCGAAGAGUGUAAGAGUCUCAUCAAUUUGAAGCGGGACACGGUGCUCAUUGGGGGAAAACCACCCUCGUCAACUGUGGUCGCCUCGAAUGCCGUUCGGACGCAGCCGAAUCGAAAGGAGAAACCGAACCGAGCGAAGGAUCAAGCACCGAAAACGCCAUGUUGGUCAUGUGGCGGCAUGCACUUUUCAAGCCAGUGCAACUUCAAGGAUCACAAGUGCCGGGAUUGCGGUAGGACGGGCCACAAAGAAGGCUAUUGCAGCUGUUUUUCAUCCAAGCCUCGGCCAAAGCCGGGAAAAGGAAAGCAAGGAAAUUGGAACAAGCAUUCAACGAAAAUUGUCGUCGUUAAAAAUGUCACGCGCAGCCGGAGAUACGUCGAGACAACCAUCAACGGUGUUCCGGUCAACCUCCAGCUAGAUUCCGGCUCCGAUAUUACCAUCAUAUCCAGACAGAACUGGGUCAAGAUCGGAGCGCCCAAAACAUCGCCACCGGACUGUGAAGUGCAGACAGCAUCCGGUGACAAGCUGGGAAUCGAUGCCAUGUUCCGUGCCAACAUUUCGAUCAGUGGCGACCAACGAGAAGGCUCAGACCUCCUCGAUGAGUUUGGGCUGUGGGACGUACCAUUCUCGUCCUUUUGCAAACUGGUGGACACCAAACAAGAAGACCACCAAGUCGCCGAACUGAAGUCCAAGUUCCCGACCGUUUUCACCGGCCAGUUGGGGUUAUGCUCCAAAAUGCAGGUGCACUUGUCGCUCAAGAAGGACGCCAGGCCGGUGUUCAAGCCAAAGCGACCGGUUUCGUACAAUAUGGAGGCCGUUGUGGAAGAUGAAAUGAAGCGACUCCAGGACAACGGUAUCAUCACGCCAAUUACGUACGCAGAUUGGGCUGCACCAAUCGUGGUGGUACGUAAACCAGACCGCACUGUCAGGAUAUGCGCCGAUUUUUCCACCGGACUCAACAACGCACUGGAGGCAAACAAUUAUCCACUGCCUCUUCCGGAGGAUAUCUUCAAUCGAAUGGCUAACUGCACAAUGUUUAGCCAUAUCGAUUUAUCCGAUGCGUACCUCCAGGUCCAGGUGGAUGAAGAAAGUAGGAAGCUGAUCAAUAUCAACACUCACAAGGGCCUCUACCAGUUUAACCGGUUGUCACCCGGUAUCAAGAGCGCCCCAGGAGCGUUCCAACAAAUCAUGGAUGCGAUGCUAGCCGGACUAGACUGCACGUGUCCGUACCUCGACGACGUCCUCGUUGGGGGACGCACAGAAGAAGAGCAUAGGAAGAACCUGUACAAAGUGCUAGAACGCCUCCAGGAAUACGGAUUCACCGUGAAAAUUGAAAAAUGCCGUUUCUUCAUGCGCCAGGUGAACUAUCUGGGCCAACUUCUGGACAAGGAGGGCAUCCGCCCUGAUCCCGAAAAGGUGAAAGCGGUAGUGAACAUGCCCCCGCCAAACGACGUCCCGACGCUGCGGUCGUACUUAGGUGCGAUAAAUUAUUACGGGAAGUAUAUUCGGGAGAUGCGACAACUUCGUCACCCGCUGGAUGGACUGUUGAAGCAAGGAGUCAGUUUCGAAUGGACAGAUGAGUGCCAACGGUCAUUCGAUCGUUUCAAUGAGAUUUUGCAGUCUCCACUCAUGCUGACGCACUAUAACCCCCGAAUGGACAUAGUUGUAUCAGCAGACGCAUCAAAUGUGGGCAUUGGCGCCCGCAUAGCUCAUCGGUUCCCAGACGGCUCCGAAAAGGCAGUGUACCAUGCUUCCAGAAGCCUCACCCUUGCUGAAUCCCGAUACAGCCAAAUCGAGAAAGAAGCACUGGGGCUGGUUUACGCGGUCACCAAAUUUCAUCGAAUGGUCUACGGAAGACGCUUCGCCCUACAGACCGACCAUAAACCGCUGCCAGAUGAGGAUUUCGUGAUUGCUUCCAUUGAAAUCGAGAAGGUUAUCGUCGGCCAAUCUAUCGAGUACCUACCAGUGUCAUACAAAAUGAUAGCGGAGGUGACAUCCGAAGACGACACCCUCCGCAUGGUGAGGGAUUACAUCAGGAAAGGUUGGCCAAGUAAAGCAACAUCCGAAGAUCCAGGCGUACAACAGUUUUUCGCUCGACGGGAAUCGCUGUAUGAAGCCCAAAAGGUCCUGAUGUACGGCGAUCGAGUUGUCAUUCCCAAGAAGCUCCAACAGAAGGUGCUUCAUCAGCUACACAAAGGACACCCGGGGAUCGAUCGAAUGAGAUCCUUGGCGCGAACUUUUGUGUAUUGGCCAAACAUAGACGACCAUAUCACUGCUUUGGUCCGAAACUGUCAGGAAUGCGCAGCUGUAGCGAAGACGGACACAAAAACGAAAUUGGAAUCCUGGCCAGUCCCCGAGAAACCAUGGCAGAGGGUUCACGUGGACUUUGCCGGACCCGUCAACGAUACCUACUACCUUGUGCUAGUUGAUUCACUCUCCAAAUGGCCGGAGGUAGUACCAACCAAGCGCAUCACAUCAGAAGCCACCAUAGCAAUUCUUCGCAAAAUCUUCAGCCGAUUCGGCAUGCCGGAGGUCCUAGUCUCCGACAACGGGGCCCAGCUUACCAGCGACGUUUUCGAACGGUUCUGCGAGUCCAACGGUAUCACCCACUUGAGAACAGCGCCUUUCCACCCCCAAAGCAAUGGGUUGGCAGAAAGCCGAAAUGCACCAGGAGGAAAAUCACCAGCCGAGAUCCUUUUCGGCAAGCCGCUUCGAACAUCGUUUGAGCUCAUGAGACCACCAAGCAAGUUCUACAGGGUUGUCAACUCCAAGCAAGCUAGCCAGUACAACGAGAAACAUGGGGCUAAGACGAAAUGCUUCGAAGUCAAGGACAAAGUGUACGCGCAAGUACACCACGGAAACGAUUGGAGCUGGGUACCAGGAGAAGUAGUGGAGCGUAUUGGGCAAGUCAUGUACAACAUUUGGCUGCCUGAUCGACAACGGCUCAUUCGCUGCCACGGCAACCAGUUACGAAAACGCUACGAUACUAGCAGCAGCCCGCCGGAGGUUAUCGGCCCUCAAGUUCCGCUCGAGAUCUUGCUCGACACUUGGAGUUUGAACCCAUCUAGCUCUGGUGCUGCAGUAGAAACAGUUGAACCGCCUGCGGAGCCUGAAGGACUGGACGAGUUGCAGUUGGAAUUCUUGCGUAGCUUGAUGGAGCCUGAUCAGCAACGACGUCGACUGCGUACUCCGGUUAGGCAACCUGAGUUAGAGGAAGUUAUCCAGCGAAGAUCGUCCCGGCAGCGGCGCGCACCAGUUCGGUACGAGCCGUAUCAGCUUUAUUAA